UUGUAAAAUUAGUUGUACUGUAAUUUAUACCACUAUAAAUAGCUCUCAUACUGAUCAUUUCCCUUCAUCACACUCUCACUCGCUCUAUUAUUUUCCUCACUUUUAGAUCAAAGCUCAUUCAGCCAAUUUCCCAUUCAUUAGCAAUGGCCGCUAUUGAGGUUGAAUCAGUUCCACAAACAUUGCCAGAAGCAACAACACCUGUGCCUGAGGUGAUCGCGGCCCCGGAAGCAAUCAAGGAAGAGGUAGAAGUAGCACCAGCAGCUGCAGCCGAGCCAGAGGUGGAGAAGCUGGCUGAGGAAACUACUGAAGCUGUCAUACCAGCUGAGGAGCCAGUAGCAGAGCCAGUUGAAGUUGAAGAACCGGUUGUAGUUGAAGCUGAGGAACUUAUCGAGGCACCCGAAGCUGUAGAAGAGGCACCAGAGGAAGAUACUCCAGAAGUUGAGGUAGAGACUGUUGUCGAGGCAGUAGUUGAGGAAACUCCAGUGGAAGCCGCGCCAGUUGCCCCGGUGGAAGCCAAGGAAGCAGCUGCAGCUCCCGUGGAGGAGACGCCAGCUGAGGCUGUGGCUGAAACCACCACUGAAGUUCCGGCUGAGACCAAGACUGAGGAAUAGAGUGUUGAACAAUGUACGCUAUACGUGCAUGAUAUGGUGUGGUCAUAUGUUGUCUUAAUUUUGAAUAUUAUGUUUCUUCUAAGUUCUCUA